UGGUUCGGUCCGUGUCAUCAGUUCUCUUUAGUGUUUGCCGAUGUUGGAGGUGUGAGUGGGUCUGGCUGUGGAAAAAAGAUAGAGAGCAUGGCUCAAGUGAAAGUGCAGACAUCAGCACCCCAGUCUGUGCCCGGCCUGGUGCCCUCUGUGCCCGCUGUGCCCAGUCCAGGAGCUUUGGGUCUGCAGCCCACUGUAAAUGGCACAGUGCCCACCACGAUGCCCGCCUGCUCCAGUCCGCCCGCUGGCUUCGUGGACUCCACUGUGCCCGCCAGCCCACCAGGUCCUCCCCAGGAUAACAUGGCAAACCCCAAAGAGAAAACUCCCAUGUGUCUGGUGAAUGAGUUAGCCCGUUUCAACAGGAUACAACCACAGUACAAGCUGCUGAAUGAAAGGGGGCCUGCCCAUGCUAAGAUCUUCACGGUGCAGCUGUGUCUGGGGGAGCAGGAGUGGGAGGCUGAGGGCACCAGCAUUAAAAAAGCUCAACACUCCACAGCCACUAAAGCUCUGGCUGAAAGCAGCUUACCCAGACCUCCGCCUCGCUCCCCUAAAGUGGACACCAACAGCAACCCAGGCAGCAUCACACCAACAGUGGAGCUGAAUGGCCUGGCAAUGAAGAGAGGGGAACCGGCCAUCUACAGACCGCUGGACCCUAAACCCGUCCCCAACUACAGAGCCAACUACAACUUUAGAGGAAUAUUCAACCAGAGGUACCAUUACCCAGUGCCGAAGGUGUUUUAUGUGCAGCUGACUGUUGGGAACAAAGAGUUUAUUGGUGAAGGUCGGACUCGCCAAGCUGCCCGACACAAUGCUGCCAUGAAGGCCCUUCAGGCUCUGAGGAACGAACCCAUCCCAGAGAGACCACCUCAGUGUCCAGAGGAGAAAAAGGGCGUGGAAGAAAACAGUGAUGCCAGCAAGUCAGAGAUCAGCCUGGUGUACGAAAUCGCUCUCAAGCGGAACCUUCCUGUCAGCUUUGAGGUGCUGAAGGAGAGCGGCCCGCCGCACAUGAAGAGCUUCCUGACCCGCGUUACUGUGGGAGAAUUCUCGGCCGAGGGUGAGGGCAACAGCAAGAAACUUUCCAAAAAGAGAGCAGCUUUCUCCAUCCUGCAGGAGCUAAAGAAACUGCCGAUCAUUCCAGUGGUGGAAAAACCCAAACUGCAUUACAAGAAACGCCCCAAAACCAUAUUAAAGACUGGACCGGAGUACGGCCAGGGCAUGAACCCCAUCAGCAGACUGGCUCAGAUCCAACAGGCCAAGAAGGAGAAGGAACCUGAAUACAUGCUGCUGUCUGAGAGAGGGAUGCCCCGCCGCAGAGAGUUCAUCAUGCAGGUGAAAGUAGGUGCUGAGGUGACCACAGGAAGUGGACCCAAUAAAAAAGUGGCCAAGCGUGCAGCCGCUGAGGCCAUGCUGCUGCAACUAGGCUAUAAAGCUUCAACCGUGCAGGAUUCGCCAGACAAGUCACAGAUGGAUAAUAAAGGUUGGAAUGGACAGAGGGCCGGUUUUCCUGAAGCGUCAGCGAACACACAGAAAGGAAUUCUGCACCUCUCCCCGGAUGUGUAUCAGGAGAUGGAAGCCAGUCGGAAUAAAGGUGGCUCUGGAGCAUCCGUCAGCUUCAUGAGCACUAAAGAACUGGGCCAGGGGUCUGCUGGACCUUUCUACAGCUCCCCUGGUAGCAGCAGCACCGCCUCCAUGGCCAGGGAGCUGCUGAGUGGGACCCCCACAGGGGAAGGACUGAAGGGUAAACCCACCACGCUGACCUGCAGCUCCGUCCAGCCAUCACAGCAGCUCGAGUACCUAGCUCACAUCCAGGGCUUUCAGGUGCAGUAUACAGACGGACAGACUGACAAAGAAUUUAUGACCUAUCUGACCCUUUCACCUGUCCAAAUGACUUUCCAUGGCAUUGGGAGUUCCAUUCAAGCUAGCCAUGACCAGGCUGCUCUUAGUGCCUUGAAACAGCUUUCAGAACAAGGACUGGACCCAGUGGAUGGACCAAUUAAUGUAGAGAACGGAUCAUGUGAAAUACAAGCGAAGCACCUGGCCGAGAGGACGGACAGUAAACAGACUAACUCAGGCACCACCGCUCAGGACUGCAAGGAUUCAAAGGCCGUCGUCUAGGAGCUGAAACCUCCAUCGCUCCGUUGGAGCCUCGCGACCGCCACUGUAUCCUUCACACGUGUCAACAUGCAAUAGGGUGGAUGUGUCCCAAGAAACGACGAUUUAGAGGAUUUAAAAAAAGCAUUCUUUCAGUCUAUGUGAAGACAACACUAUCUUAACACAUUUAUUUACUAUGGAGAAAUUAACUAUUAAAAGAAGCAAGCAAAUGUAAAAAAAAAAGAGAAAAACUAAUCAGAUAAUGAGUUAAUGCAUGGUACUGUUGACUUUAAAAGAAAUUUAAAUGACUAUAUAGAGCAUUUCCCUGAUCGAUAGAUGUUUUGAUUUUGUUUUUUUGUUUUUUUUUCACUUAGUCUCCAAGUGGUAUGGAUAAAAACAGGUGUAUAUCAUGCCAUUGAUAUAAAAUGAAACAUUAUAAGGGUAAAGCAAAGUUCCGUAGUUUAUCUUUUUUGGGGGGGAGGGGUUACAUUGUUUUCUUUUACUUUUAAUCUAUGAAUAACAGUGCUUGAGUAUUUAAAGAUUAACCAAUGGCAGUGCUGUGAAAGUUGUAGUUGUUGUCUUCAUAUAUAGUCACCCAGCUUACCUUUUAUGCUGACAUAAAGCAUUCAUUUAUCUAUAUGGAUGUGUAUGACUUGCAGAGUAUCAUAUGCAGAAGAAAAAACUAAAGGAUAAAACUGGUGUUAGAACUAAAAAGUAGAGGCUAAAGGAAACCUAAAGUACCCCAGUGAAUGGAACUGGAGGCUUCAGUAAAGAAAAUACCGACUGCCUUGCCCUCUAAAAUGACGUACCAUAAAAACAGAAUUACCUGAAAGGUUUUUAACAAGAAUACAGUAUUUUUUUUUGCAUCAUUUUGGGUAAUGCAAAUCUUCUAGAAUCACCAAUUCUCUGAACAAGGAAACACUGCUAACUAGUACAUUGAGGGGGGAAACUGGUAUACUGACCUUGCAACUUCCUGCUAAUUCUGUUUCUACGGUUCUUCUCCUCACAGUUUUGUCCAACACAUCUACACCCAUGUUGUGUGUUGUAUUGACUUAAUGCAUCAACUGAGUGCUUUUAAUAACUGCAUUCUGGAGGAGCUUUGAAAAGAGACGCUGUUUUGCUGUUUGUUUUUCCCAGAACAGCUUUUCUUUCCAAAUCCACAUGAUCCCAGUGAAUUAAAAAGAUUGAUUACUUGAAUCUGUUUAAGUUCACUUUGCCUGGAGGGCAUUUUUUUUCUCUCUGUUGGAUGCACAGUAUGAUAAAAGGUUUCAGUUUUGAAAUGCAGUAAAAUCACAUCAGUUCGUGUUGAAAAAUA